CACUUAAAAAAAAAAAGACUUGCUUUGGGUGUCUUUUGAUGUAAAUUCAGCUUUUCCAGCAAGAAGGCGGUGGGAAGAUGUUGCAAAUGAGAACUUCAAGGGUUGUGAGUCUGUUGCUGCGGGACGUCCACAACUGUUCUGCACGGUUCAGAGGUUUUGCUUCUUCGGCCUCAGUGCAGUCCUACGAUAUGAGAAGAGUCGAAAUCACGCCGCUGGAGCAACGGAAACUCACCUUCGACACCCAUCGUCUGGUGCGAGAUCUAGAAGCCCACGGAUUUGCAAAAGAACAGGCUGAAACGGUCGUCUCAGCAUUAAUGAGUUUGUCAGCGGUCAGCCUGGAUACCGUCUACAAGGAUAUGGUAACGCAAGCCCAACAGGAAAUAACUCUGCAACAGAUAAUGUUUCACCUGGAUUCUAUUCGCAAGGAUAUGGUCCUUCUUGAGAAGAGCGAAUUUGCCAAUUUGAGAGCAGAAAACGAGAAAAUGAAAAUUGAAUUGGAUCAAGUUAAACAGCAACUAAUGAAUGAAACUAACCAGAUCAGAGCUGAAAACAAGCUGGACAUCAACUUGGAGAGAAGCAGAGUGACCGAUAUGUUCACAGAUCAAGAAAGAAAGCUGAUGGAAGCCUCCACGGAAUUUCAUAAAAAAGAUUCCAGCACCAACAGUUCCAUUACGGAAGUCAACAAUAAAAUAGAUGCUGAGAUUGCAGCUCUCAAAACACUCAUGGAGUCAAAUAAGCUGGAAACCAUCCGGUACUUAGCAGCUUCUGUUUUCACUUGCCUUGCCAUCGCUUUGGGAUUUUAUCGAUUUUGGAAAUAAGAAGCCCACCAAGGUGUGGGGGGGAAGAAAAAGAGGACAGAGCAAAAACAUUCCUCAUUGGGCACCUCCAACAUAUCUGAGAUAACCUCUUCGGGCUGAUCCUUUCCACGUUGUUUUCAUCAGCCAGUGAUCUUUUUCAUCCUCCGUCGCUCUGGACAGAACAGCUCAAACAAUUUGUGCCCCGUGGAAGAGUUGUAGAGGCUGAUCUACUGGAGCCCAAGAGAUCUCUGGAGCUUGAAAACUUAGGAAAGGGAGGUGAAAAUGUACCGGAUGAUCCAAAAGCUGCAGCCAGCUAAUCGUGUCAUAUCCUGCAGCUGGUUUUCUCUUCUCCAGCCUGAUCCUCUUGGCCUUCAUCCUUUUGGGUUGAAUCUUCUUUGCUCUCCAACUGCAGUUGAGUUGGGACCGUAGCUUUGAGAAUUCAGAUUGGCUGCGAAUUUACACAGUUGCACUCCUAACAUAUCUGGAAAGUGCCCAAUAACAGAACGUUGGUUUCCACGCACGAGCGUGUUUCCAAGUUUACAGUAGUGGCCAAAAUUGUGGAAACCUUUUAGGAAAAGUGUAUUUUCUAAAACUAGCUAAUAACACCACUUUUUUGGGGGGAGUGGGGGAGUAGUGCCAUCAAAUUAUAUAUCAAUGGAAAGAUAAUUUAAUCAAGAAUGUCAUGCAAUCACUUUUAUGAAGGAUUUGCUCUUAGAAUAGCAGUUACCGUAUAAAGAAGAAAAGGGAAACGCGUAGAAAAAAACGAGAUCUACAAAAAUGAUCACCAUAGAAAAAACAAGCUAUACAAAAAUGAUCACCAUGUCAGCUAAUAUUUAGUUGGGUAACCUUUAGCAUUAAUUACGGCCUUACAACGUCUUCCCAUGGAGUGACCCAAGUCUUUUAGUUCUGCAGCUGUUCUCAUGGGAAACCAAGAUUGAAGGGUUGUUUCUAUUAACUGGGUUUUAUUGCUGGGUCGCUUCUGACUAACCAGUUUCUUUCGUCGGCUCCAUAGAUUUUCCAUUGGGUGAAGGUCUGGGCUUUUCCCAGGCCAUUCCAGCAGUGGAAUAGGAUUAUCUCGAAACUCCAAAAUAAAAAGUGGUGUUAUUAGCCAUCAAACCUCAAAAAUACACUUUCCCCAAAAGGUUUCCACAAUUUCGGCCACUACUGUGGAGCUGCUGGUGGAGAAAUUUCAUCAGAUGUUCCACUGCCUUCCUAUAUAACAGCACUAGAGGAUAGUGUCUCACUUGGGACGAGAAAACCAACCAACAGAGAAUGUUCAAAAAACUGCUUUAUCCUGA